AAUCAUGGCGACCCGGGCCGGCCAGCUCCUCUCUCCGCGGCUUCUCGCCGCCGCAGCUUUCUUUCUGGUCGCCUGUGGACCUCAGUUUGCAUUUUGCUGUCCGAGUCGGUGUCUGUGUUUCCGAACCACCGUGAGAUGUAUGCAUCUGAACCUGGAAACCGUACCGACUGUGUCUCUUCAGACAACCAUUCUAGACUUAAGAUUCAACAAAAUCAAGGAUUUACAGCCGGGCUCCUUCAGACAUUUAAAAAACCUCAACACGCUACUCCUUAACAACAAUCAUAUACGAAGGAUUCCCAGGGCAGCGUUUGAAGACCUAGAAAACCUCAAAUAUCUCUAUUUGUACAAGAAUGAAAUCCAAUCAAUUGACAGACAAGCAUUUAAGGGGCUUGUUUCUCUUGAGCAACUGUACCUUCACUUCAACAACAUUGAGUCUUUGGAACCAGAAUCAUUCACUCAUCUGCCAAAGCUGGAACGACUGUUUUUGCACAACAAUAGAAUUACCCAGCUUGUUCCAGGAACCUUCUCUCACCUUGAGUCUAUGAAGCGACUGCGACUGGAUUCCAAUUCAUUAAACUGUGACUGUGAGCUGCUGUGGCUGGCUGACCUGCUGAAGCAGUACGCCGAAUCGGGAAACGCUCAGGCUGCCGCCACAUGCGACUAUCCCAGCCGCCUGCAGGGACGAUCAGUGGCCACACUUACCGCACAGGAGCUCAACUGUGAGAUGCCAAGGAUCACCUCACAGCCCCAGGAUGUUGAAGUCACGUCUGGAAACACUGUCUACUUCACCUGCAGGGCAGAGGGCAACCCCAAACCACAGAUUAUCUGGCUCAGGAACAACAAUGCUUUAAAUAUGCGGGAUGACAGUCGUCUGAACCUGCUGGAAGACGGGACGCUGAUGAUUCAGGACCCCAGAGAGACAGACCAGGGAGUCUACCAGUGCAUGGCCAAAAAUGUGGCUGGGGAGGUCAAGACCUCUGAGGUCACUCUGCGAUACUUUGGAGCCCCCUCCCGGUCUAGUUUUGUGAUCCAGCCCCAAAACACAGAGGUCCUUGUUGGGGAGAGUGUGACCCUGGAGUGCAGCGCCACCGGCCAUCCACAGCCGAGAAUCACCUGGACCAAGGCUGACCGCACGCCCCUGCCCAGCGAUGCUCGCAUCAACAUCACCCCCUCCGGAGGGCUUUACAUUCAGAACGUGGUCCGGGCUGAUGAGGGACAGUAUACGUGUUUCGCCUCCAACAAUGUGGAUACAAUACAUGCCACGGCUCACAUCAUUGUACAAGCAAUCCCCCAGUUCACCGUCACGCCACAGGACCAGUCCAUCCUGGAGGGUCACAGUGUGGAUUUCCCUUGCGAGGCAAGCGGUAACCCGGAGCCUGUAAUUGUCUGGACUCGAGGAGGAAAUCCGCUGCCUUCAGACCGUCGUCACGUUAUAUUGUCCUCUGGUACAUUCCGCAUCACUCGAGUGGCAGUGCACGACGAGGGUCAGUACGAGUGUCAGGCGGUCAACACAGUGAGGACUGUGAGAACUACUGUGCAACUCCGCAUCGAGCAGAGAGUAACGCCUGUUUUCACAAAUGCUCCAAGGGACCUGACCGUGGAGGCUGGCCAGGAUGUACAGAUUCCCUGCAGAGCUCAGGGCCAGCCGAGGCCAAGCCUCACCUGGAACAAGGAUGGUGUACAGGUGACAGAAAGUGGGAAGUUCCACAUCAGCCCUGAGGGUUACCUGGAAGUGAAAGAUGUUGGCACAGCAGAUGGUGGUCGCUAUGAGUGUGUUGCCCGCAACCCUAUCGGCUACCAGGUUGCUAGUAUGGUGCUCACAGUCACAGUGCCCGCAAUCAGCCGUGAGGGUGACACCUUUGUGAGUACUUCGAUAGAGCAGGCCAUACGUAACGUGGACAGUGCAAUCGAGUCCACAAGGAGACGUCUUUUUGAUGGUCAGCCUCGGACUCCAGGAGAGCUGCUCGCUCUUUUCCGAUAUCCACGGGAUCCGUACACAGUUGGGCAGGCACGUGCCGGCGAGAUCUUCGAGCAGACUCUCCUGCUCAUCCAGAACCAUGUCAACCAGGGUCUUAUGGUUGACACCAACGGCACUGCGUUUCGCUACAAUGACCUGGUGUCCCCUCGUUUCCUGGAUGUGAUUGCUAAUCUGUCUGGUUGCACAGCUCAUCGCCGCAUCAAUAACUGCUCUGACAUUUGCUUUCACCAAAAGUACCGCAGUCACGAUGGCACCUGCAACAACCUACAGCAUCCUAUGUGGGGGGCCUCACUCACGGCCUUUGAACGCCUCCUGAAACCAGUGUAUGACAAUGGAUUUAACCUGCCGAGAGGAACCACUGACAGGGUGCACAAUGGAUACAGGUUGCCAUUGCCAAGGCUUGUAUCCACCAUAUUGAUUGGAACAGAAACUAUCACCCCUGAUGAACGAUACACUCACAUUCUCAUGCAAUGGGGUCAGUUCCUAGACCAUGACUUGGACUCAACAGUGGUUGCCCUAAGCCAGUCACGGUUUUCUGAUGGCCAGCUGUGUGCUCAGGUCUGCACAAAUGACCCUCCAUGUUUCCCAAUCCAGUUCCCCCCCAAUGACCAACGGCAGCUACGAAGUGGUGCUCGCUGCAUGUUCUUUGUGCGAUCGAGCCCUGUAUGUGGCAGUGGAAUGACAUCGCUUCUCAUGAACAGUGUUUAUCCAAGAGAGCAAAUCAACCAAAUCACCUCAUAUAUUGAUGCUUCAAAUGUCUACGGCAGCUCACAACAUGAAUCGGAGCAAAUCCGCGAUAUGGCAAGUCACAGGGGACUGCUCCGUCAAGGUAUCAUACAACGAACAGGGAAGCCACUUAUGCCAUUCGCCACUGGACCUCCUACUGAGUGUAUGAGAGAUGAGAAUGAGAGUCCAAUUCCAUGUUUCUUAGCGGGAGAUCACCGUGCCAAUGAGCAGCUUGGCUUGACUGCCAUGCAUACUGUAUGGUUCAGGGAACACAAUCGCAUAGCAACAGAGUUAUUGAGACUGAAUCCCCACUGGGACGGGGACACCAUCUACCAUGAGACCAGGAAGAUAAUCGGGGCUCAGAUGCAACAUAUCACCUACAAUCACUGGUUACCAAAGAUUCUUGGGGAUGCAGGCCUGAAGAUGAUGGGAUCAUACACCGGUUAUAACCCCAACAUUAAUUCUGGCAUCUUUAAUGCCUUUGCCACAGCUGCUUUCCGCUUUGGACACACCCUGAUUAAUCCAGUACUCUACAGGCUAAAUGAAAACUUUGAACCUAUAUCUCAGGGACACCUUUCUCUACACCGGGCCUUCUUCUCUCCAUUCCGCAUCGUAAACGAGGGUGGCAUUGAUCCACUCCUUCGUGGGCUCUUUGGUGUCGCUGGCAAAAUGCGUGUUUCCACACAAUUGUUGAACACAGAGCUAACAGAAAAGUUAUUCUCCAUGGCCCAUGCUGUGGCUUUGGAUCUGGCUGCCAUGAAUGUUCAGAGAGGAAGGGACCAUGGCAUACCAUCAUACAAUGACUAUAGGACAUUCUGUAACCUGACUUCAGCUCAGAUAUUUGAUGACUUGAAGAACGAGAUCAAGAAUCCUGAUGUUAGGGAGAAACUUCGAAGGCUGUAUGGAACUCCUCUAAAUAUUGACCUGUUCCCGGCCCUGAUGUCUGAAGACCUGGUCCCCGGCAGUAGAUUGGGCCCUACUCUCAUGUGUCUGCUCUCAUUACAAUUUAAGCGUGUGAGGGAUGGUGACAGAUUCUGGUAUGAAAACCCUGGCGUGUUCACUCCCGCCCAGCUGACUCAGCUGAAGCAGACGUCUUUGGCUCGGGUUCUCUGUGAUAAUGGGGACAACAUUACCCGUGUUCAAAAAGACGUGUUCAUGGUGGCCAAGCUGCCGCACGGCUUCGACAGCUGUGAAAAUAUCCCUCAUAUUGACCUGCGCAUGUGGCAAGACUGCUGCGAAGACUGCAGAACCAAAGGACAGUUCAAUGCCCUGUCAUACCACUUCAGGGGGCGUAGAUCAGCCGAAUACAGCUACAAAGAGGAGAAAUCUGCCAACAGUGUCCAGGAGAAAAGUUUAGUGAGAGAAGCCCAAGAAACUCUUUCAAAUGUUACUACAACCGAACCUUUGAUCAGUGACUUCCAGGACUUUGUGUUGGACAUGCAGAAGACCAUCACAAGUUUACGGAAACAGAUUAAAAGACUUGAAGCUCGCCUGCACAAGACUGACUGCAUUGAUGGUGAGGGGCGUGAGCGAACGGAUGGAGAACUGUGGAGAAAGGACUCCUGCUCUAAAUGUGAAUGCAGGGAUGCUCAGGUGACCUGCUUCGUGGAGUCUUGUCCAACUGUUGAGUGCAAACAACCUGUCAAGCUAAAAGGCGCCUGCUGCCCAGUGUGUAUCCAUCAAGGAGAUGUUGAUGAAAGGCAAAAAGUCAACACCCACCACAAAUAACCACCAGGAUUUCCCAGCUACUCUACCCCCACCCUGAUAAACUAAAGUCUGCAAGUCACAUAAAAAUCAGACUCAAUGAGAGAAGAGAUAAGACUGAUCCACAGCCACAGUUAACCUCGACAGACCCAACAACCUCUAAGAUAUUUUUUCUUUUUUUUAGAUUUUAUAUUUUUUUUUAAUCAGGGUUGUUUCAAAAUUUCUGUUUGUUGCAGAAGUGUGUGGCUCGGUUUGAAAUCCUCCAGCAAGCACUCCAAGGAUUAAACAGGUCGAACUAAACAUCUCCUAGCUCACUGAGACUUCGGAAGUGUAAUAACUAAAAAUAUACAAACAGGACCAGAUGACGUUGACAAGCGGGAAGGAAAUGUUAAUGGAAAGGUUGCAACCGCUUUGAUGUCUCACAAAAUUUUCUCAGGUUAGAGAUGCCAAAAACUGGUGCUAUUUUCCAUUUUGUCUUUGAUUUUAACACUAAAUACGCGCCUUAAAAGUAUUAUCCUUUGUAUGCAAAGCAACUGCAGUAUAUACACUCAGUAUUUUCGUAAUAAUGCAUCAGAACUGAGAGAAUUGUUUAUUCAGAGACUUUUGAUUU